AUGGCCAAGGAUGCUCAUGAGGUCUUGGAGUCCGAGUUGAUGCAGGAAAUUCAGGUUGAAGAAAACCUGUUACAGCAGUUGAACCUUCAAGAUAAAAUACUUGCUGAAAAAGAACAAGAGGUCGACGCGCUUCACAGUGUUGACGAAGAAGCCUUCAAAAUUAAAUUGGCGGCUGAGCUUGAACAGGCUUAUGCAUUAGAGCUUUCAAAACUUGAAAAUCAGAUUAAUGAUAUUCACCGAAUUACCGGAUUGCCAAAGGAGGGAAUUCCGAUAAAAAUGAGUGGGGCAGCGGCUAAUACAAUCUACACCUAUUUUGUAAAGAAUUAUAAGAAAACCGAUGAGGAAAAGAAGGCGGUGAUUUUGGGGAAGCGUGAUAGAAUGGCCGAGAUGAUUGUAGAUAUGAUUAAUGAAGACCCUAUAAUAUGUGUGAAACUUAUUGUGGCUUUCAUUAUCGGCUUCAUAUUAUGCCCGCGGACAUGUAAGACAUGUCCCUUGUGGGCGUUUAGAUAUGCGGAGCAGUUAUCAACUUUGCAUAAAUAUAAUUGGUGUCAUGCGGUGUUCACUCUUCUUUGCAAAGAGAUGAGUAAAUCAAAGAAGUCUCUUAGUAUGCGGGAAUUAGGUCAGCGCUCAAAUGCCGGGUACAUGGGUGGUUUUUCCUCCGUUUUACUGGUUUGGUUUUAUGAAAAAGUAGGGGAAUUAGAGUACACUUCAGAUAUUGAAAGGUUACCGCCGCUCUUUUGUGUGAAGAGUACUGGAAAGUGGAGGAGGACUACUAUGAACAAAUUAUAUAGAGUCCCGAAGUUGGUUACGGAUAAUGGCCAAGAGAAUACUCCUCUUAUUCAUACGGCAUCGCCAAUAGUAUUUGAAUCAAGGAAAGCUGAAUUAAUUUUCUUAAUUGCGGAGAAGACGUACGAGUUGAAUGAGCUCACUACAGAAUUACGAGAAUUAGAAGAGCGUAGUGCUAGAUGCCAAAAAAAAAACCAAGGAGAAAGAGGAUGACGGAAAUGUAACUGAAGAAAAAAAAUCAAAGAGGAUAUGGAAGCUAAGGAAUAUGAGAAUUUGGAAGGAACUGGGGAAGCCGAUUUAUGUGAUGACUUUGUGAUGAGCGCAAGAGACAUGAGAAUUUUAGAAGAUGCUCGAGAUGUUUCUCAAAAAGAUGAAGGUGGUAAUGAGAAUAACAGAGAAACGCCAUCUAUCAAACGGGCUGUCGGAAAGAGGGAGAGGAAGGAUGGACCCUCUGUUACUUCACCUUAUAUGC